AUGGCGAGAUCCUCCGAUGAAUCGGAGUCGGACGAAGAGCUUGAGCAAGGCGCGAUCGUCUUGCACCAGCUCUUCAAUCGUAAGGUCGUACUAUAUCCGGAUAAUACCGUCGUCAAGUCUGGGAAGCGCAUCGCCAUCGGGGAGGCGGACGCGCUGAAGGUCGCCGAGGCGGCCGGGAUUCCGGCACCGGCCGUCCAUGACGCUCAUACGGACUCUGAUGGCGUCAAGCACAUCCGCAUGAGCUAUAUCGAGGGAGAAACUCUCGACAAGUUAUGGCCCGAUUUGCCCGCCGAAAAGAAGAACAUCCUAGUUCACGACGGGAAGGUCAAAGGGAUUAUUGAUUGGGAGGAUAGCGGUUGGUAUCCAGCAUACUGGGAAUUUGUCAAGUUCUUCCUGCGUCCUGCUGAAAGAGGUUGGAAGGAAUAUGCAGAGGAAAUUUUUCCCGAGUUGUAUCAGGAUGAGUUGGUGGAUCUGAUUGCCAUUUCCAAGUGGCAGAAUGAUUAA